CGGUGGUGUUGACGGUGGUGGAGGUGGUGGUCGUGGUGUUGGUGGUAGCGGCAGCCGGGACUCGCCCGCCGGGCCAUGCCGGACUACGGGGUUCCCAGAUAGUCGGCGGAUCCCCGCUCCCCGGACACGGCAGCGCUGUCCGCCGCAUCACCUCCAGGUCGCUGCCGCUGGAUGAGCCUCAGGAUACCGGGGUGUCAACGAUCACCACGUGCCCGCCUUCUGGAUAAGCUACAGGGCACCCGUCCGUUGAAUUCCUUGGUGCAAGUUGCCAUUGGGUGCCCGCUUUGUGGAUUAAUUACAGGCACCUGUCCAUUGCAUUAAUUACAAGGUAUCUGUGUACAAGUUAUCACCAGCUACCGUCAUCUGGAUUAACUACAGGGCACUUGCCCAUUGCAAUAACUACAAGAUACCUGGGUGCAAACUAUCACCGCAUACCGUCGUCUGGAUUAAGUACGGGGCACCUGUCCAUUCCAUUAACUGCAGGGUACCAGUGUACAAAUUAUCACCAGUGACCAUCUUCUGGAUUAACCAUAGAGUAUCAUUGGAUGAACUAUCAGAAUAACCCUGUACAAAUUAUCACCAGGCUCCAUCCACUGGAUGAACUACAAGAUACCUGCAUACAAAAUAUCACCAUAUACUGGCUACUGCAUUAAUCAUAGGUUACCUGUGAUAAGAUUAUCGCCAGGUACUAUACACUGGAUUAACUAAAGGGUAUCUGUGUGCAAGAUCAUCACCAUAUACUGUGUACUGGAGUAACCACUGUGGUAUAUUAUCAACUCGUAUCAUCCACUAGAUUAACUAUUGGGUACCUGUGUACAAGAUUAUUACCAGGUAUAAUUUACUGGGUGAACUACAAAUUACCUGUGUACUGAUAAUCAUCAGGUUAUCAAUGGAUUAACCACAGGAUACGUGCCUAUAAGAUUAUCACAGGAACUAUCAAAUGGAUUAACAAGAGGAUAUUUGUCCUUGAGAUUUUCUCCAGGUAUUAUUCGCUGGAUUACCACUAGGUAAUGAAUUACUGUCAAUCACCUGUCCAUCAGGUUAUCUACAGGAUUCCUGUCAAUUGGUUUAUCAUUAGGUUGUUCACUUAAUUAUUGCAGGGUGCUGCGCACUGAAUUAUCACCAUGUACUAUCCACUGGAUUAGCUCUGGAUUGUCUGUUACAUCCACUACAUUACAGCUGGUUCGCAGUGAACAGGUUUAUUGCUGGGUCGUUGUCAAGUUUGCAGCAGCUGAUUUACCACAGGGUCAGUUACUGCUGAGAUUUUAGGGUUGUGGGAGAAGUCUCUGGAAUCGCUACCAUUUGAUCUUGGCCCGUCCUGUCCACAAUCGGCAUCUUAACUAAAUGGGAGAAGAGGAGAUGACUACAGUAAUUUGUGCAGUGGUGAGAUUGGGCAAUGAGGCGUGAGGUGAUAGCAGGCAACAUCAGGGUAGUGGCAGGUAAAUGACCUUUUAAUGAGUUUGGAGUUGGACGUCAGGCGUGUAAUUAAGGAUGAACACGGAGGAACUGGAGCUACUGGGCGACUCUAAAUACAGAAACUACAUAGCAGCAGUGGAUAAAGCGUUGAAAAACUUUGAGUAUUCUAGUGAAUGGGCAGAUUUAAUAUCAGCACUGGGUAAACUUAACAAGGUUUUACAGAACAAUGCAAAGUACCAAGUGGUCCCAAAGAAGCUAACUAUUGGCAAGCGCUUGGCCCAGUGUCUUCACCCAGCUCUGCCCAGUGGUGUUCACCGAAAAGCUCUGGAGACCUACGAGAUCAUUUUCAAAAUCAUCGGCUCUAAAAGACUGGCCAAAGAUCUCUUCUUGUACAGUUCUGGUCUUUUCCCACUUCUUGGCAACGCGGCAAUGUCUGUUAAACCCGCGCUUCUGAGUUUAUAUGAAGUCUACUUCCUGCCACUGGGCAAAACUCUGAAGCCAGGAUUACAGGGACUGUUGACUGGGACAUUACCAGGCCUGGAAGAAGGAUCUGAAUACUAUGACAGGGCUAACUCAUUGCUGGAGAAGGUAGCGGCUGCCGUGGAACAGUCUGCAUUUUAUGGUGCACUUUGGGGGAGUAUUCUGACCAGUCCUGCUGUACGGUUGCCUGGAAUCACCUUUGUGCUUUCUCAUCUGAACCGGAAACUUUCCAUGGAAGACCAACUCUAUAUCAUUGGUAGCGACAUUGAGCUGAUGGUUGAAGCAGUCAGUGUUUCGGUGCAGGACUCCAGUGUCUUGGUGCAGAGGAGCACCUUGGAUCUCAUCUUGUUCUGCUUCCCUUUUCAUCUGUAUCAGGCCACGCGCCCUGAUAUGAUACAGAUAUUAUCUGCAGCUUUACACGUGGUCCUCCGGAGAGAUAUGUCCCUCAAUCGCAGAUUGUAUGCAUGGCUUCUGGGGUUGGAUAACAAUGGUGUUAUAGGCCCCAGAAGCACAAGGCACAGCAAUCCAGAGGAACAUGCAAUCUACUAUUUCAAUACCUUUUCCAAAGAUCUACUGAUUCAGGCCAUGGUAGGAAUCUUGCAAGGAAAAGGAUGCGGAGAGGAAGAACGUAUACCGUCACAUGAUCUGAAACCCUUUCGUAUACUUAUCAGUCUCCUCGACAAGCCAGAACUAGGGCCAGCUAUUUUAGAAGAUGUACUUAUAGAAGUUUUCAAGACAUUGCAUUCACAGUGCAAAGCUGAACUGAAUCUGAAAACACAACCUUCCUACAGCAAAGACCAGACUCAGUUAAGCAGUAAAAUGAGAGAGAACAAGAAAACUUCAGAGCUUAUUAAAACAGCAAAUCUUCUGUUUAAUUCAUUUGAACCAUAUUAUAUGUGGGACUAUAUAGCUCGUUGGUUUGAAGAAUGUUGUAGGAGAACACUGAAUGCAAGAUUGCAGGCUUCGUCUCGUGGCAAGGAAGUGUCAGAUUACUCUCUGGGUGAAUUCUGUCUCUUGGUGGACUUCCUCUUGGACAUAGUAUCAUUGCCUACUCGAAGUAUGAGAGUACUGUGUCAGGAGACCUACAUUGAGAUCCAAACGGAACAUUUGCCCCAGCUGUUGGUGCGGAUGGUGUCUGCCCUGUCCAGCCACCUGCAGGCUUUGUGCCUCUCUGAGCUCACCGACUGUCUCAAGCUGUGUUCCAAGAUACUGAGCAAAGUACAACCGCCCUUGCUGUCACCCGGGGCAGAGAACAGACUACAUUACCCAGGACACUCCAACUUUGCCCAACAGACGGAAGAGAAAAGGGCUUCAUCAGCCGGCCUUGGGGCUUCUGGUGACGUGUUUGAAGACGGGGAAAACCCUCCAAGUAGCCAGUCGUCGGAGAGUGGAUUCACAGAGUUUGUGCAGUACCAAGCGGACAAGACCGAUGACCUUGACAAGGUUCUAGUUGAGGGCCAGGUUUCUGGGUCGGUGCCACAGGGCAGCACUUCGUCGGAGACCGAAACUGCUUCCACUGUUGGGUCUGAGGACACCGUGGUCCCAUCUUCCCCGUCGCAGGAAGAUAAAGUGGCCAUGCCCGUGGCAACCUCUACUCAGAAGACGACAAUGCAGUAUUGUUUAGAAUACUUUGAGCAGUUUUUGACCCAGCUGAUUACCCUCUACAUUAUUCCCUGUGAAACAGUUUGCGAAGCAUUUUCAACAGAUUUCCACACGGACCCAUGCAGAGAGAGAAGCCAGACUAAUGAGCAGGACCUUGCUGGCAAAGGUGAUGCAACGUUUCCAGUGACAGAACCACAUCUGGGCUCCAAGGAGCAUCAUCAGUCCUUCGCAGCCGCAUGCCAACUAUUCUUUGAGUGCUCCAGCUUUCCUGUUUACAUUGCAGAAGGAAGUCAGGUCUCUUCACCUCAUUGUAAUAAGUCAGAAAUGGAUUGUGCAUCGGUAAAGCCGCCGGUCUGGCUCCAGACUCUGAUGACCGCCUGCUGCUGUGCCAGUGACUUCAGCAUUCAGAGUAUUGCCAUUUCUCUGGUGCUUGACUUAGUUGGACUCGCGCAGUCCGUUGCUGUAGUGAGUGGAGAAUGCUUGAACAGCCUUGAAUCCGCACAGCCUCGGAGUCCCAACCAGGGCACGGUGGCGGUGGUCAUCAUGCCUCCACUAACGCAGGGAAACCUCAAGUUUAUGGUUCAAAAGACAGAGUUUUUCAAGCAAGUGGCAGUGGCACUUUGGAACCAGCUUGGGGAAAAAACACCCCAAUAUUAUCAGAGGAGCGUGGAACUGUUUUAUCAGCUGCAUAAUCUCGUUCCGUCCUCCAGCGUGUGCGAAGAUGUCAUAAGUCAGCAACUGCUCAACAAAGACAAGAAAAUACGAAUGGAAGCGCACUUAAAAUUUUCAGUGCUUUGGCACAUUACUCGGGACCUUCUCAUCAAUAAGUCUUCUUCCUUUAAACGCACUUUUGACAGAUCUCUUUCCAUAAUGCUCGAUAGCCUGAACAGUACGGAUGGUUCCAUUUGUUCAGUGGCUCAGGCUUGGCUGAAUCAGGUCAUCCAGAGACAUGACAUUGCAAGAAUCCUUGAGCCACUCCUGCUGCUGCUCCUGCACCCAAAAACCCAGCGCAUCUCUGUGCAACGGAUGCAAAUGGAGUGGCACGUCACGAAACCCAAGAACACUCCUGUGGAAGAAGAUGGAAACAAUUACUUUGGAGGAAUCAAUACAGUUGAUAUUUUUGGACACCUGUCAUUUGACUCUGGUAAGCAUCCAUCUGCUAAAGGACCUGCAAGCAAAUUAUUUGCUGCAGAAGAAAUGGAAAGCUUCAGCUUCACGGUGAACCCUCUGAGCGACAGGUUGUCCAUGCUGAGCACAAGUAGCGAGACCUUGCCCCUGGGAGUGUCAGAGUCCGACCUGCAGGAUCAGCAGGCUGAGAUGUUGCACAGUUCAGAAUCUGGCUGCUCCCAAUCCUCAGCCGGAGACAACAGCAGCUAUGAGGCCGAACCCAUGACCAUGAGCACUUCCAAGACCAAAAGCAGCUCUCAGAUUUGGUCAGAAGACUCGGUGGAUGACAUAGUCCAGCAAGUGGUUUCAGACUUGAUCAACGCUAUCAUCAAUGGAUUGAAUGAUGAGUCUGAGCCUCUUGAAUACCAGGUUCUGACUUCCACUAAAAUCAGUGCAGUGGGAUCGAACCUUAACGUACAGACAGCAGUCAACACUGUCCAAGGUGAGAGUAAAAGCAUGCUUGCUCGAAGUCCCCUGAAUGGAGUAGCUCAGUGCGUCGGUCCUGAGGGUUUGGUGGCCUCCACGGAUGGUGGCAUUGGGACCGUGACUGAAAAUCUAAGCAGACCCAGAUCGUCACCGGCAAUUGCAACUUCAGAGAACCCUUCCCCUAACUACAGCCUCUCUGCGGAAGAGGUGCAGGCACUGAAAAAGAGCCCAACCGGUGAGCAGUUAGGACAACAUGGGCGAGCGUUGGAGAAACUAACUGCCACAGAGCUUGGUUUCAAAGAUUUUCCUAAACCCCCCGGGGCAAAGCCCAAAGUAAGAGUCAACAGAAAGAGGGAUGAUGACAAGAAGAAAGCUCAGAACGAGAAAAUGAAGACACUUAACGUGUUCUUUGGUGAUAGCCUCGAUCUAGAGAACUGGUAUAGCUGUGGCGAGGGAGAGGUGUCUGAAAUCGAGAGUGAUGUGGGAUCGCCAGGAAUUUGGAAAACGUCAAAAUUUCACAUUCAUCCUUUAUACCAGCACGUUUUGCUCUACCUCCAAGUGUGUGAUUCUACAAGGGCUUUGCACGCUCUGUCUGCCAUUGAAGCCAUCUUGAAAGCAAACCCGGCGGGAUUUGUGAACGCAAUCUCUACCACAAGCGUAAAUAAUACCUACACUCCACAGCUCUCCCUGCUCCAGAACCUCAUGGCCAGGCACCGCAUCUCGGUCAUGGGCAGGGACUUCUACAGCCACAUACCACUUGACUCCAGCCAUGCCUUCCGUAGCUCCAUGUACAUAGAGAUCAUCAUCUCUCUCUGUUUGUACUUCCUGAGGAGCUACUACCCAACCCAUGUGAAAGUCACCCAACAAGAUCUGUCUGGGAACCGGAACCUGCAGAUUGUCAGCAUCCAGAUCCUGACUCUGCUCUUCACAGAGCUCGCGAAGGUGACCGAGGGUUCGGCCAAGGGUUUUGCCAGCUUUAUCUCGGAUAUGUUACUGAAAUGCAAGGUUCAGAAAGUGGUGCUCCACUGCUUGUUGUCAUCGGUCUUCAGUGCCCAGAAAUGGCACCACCUGCGAACGGCAGGGAAGAACGUCUCGGCCAUCGAAGAGGGGCUGUCUGAAGACAGCAUAAUCAAUUUUUCCGAGGAUGAGAUCGACAACUGCAGCACGCUGCAGACUCAGUUACUGAAGCUGGUGCAGCGGCUGAUAGUGCUGGAGUACCGCGUGAUGGUCGCCUCCGAGGACGGCGAGUCUGGCUACGAAUUUGUCACCUCUGAUCUGGAGAACAGCAAUCCGCAACAACCGCACAUCUCCUUGCAAUACCUGCACUCCCAACCCAUUACCUCUCAGGUUAUGUUCAUCUCCGCUGUGAUUAAAGCACUGAAUCAACCAUUUUCCUGCAAAAUGGACCCUCAGUGGAUUGGGUUGAUCACAUCAGUUCUUCCGUACAUGGGGAAAGUGCUGCAGAGAGUGGUGACAGCCGUGACAUUGCAGCUGGGCCGAAAUUUGGACAACUUGAUCCAUCAGUACAAGUAUGAGUCUGGGAUGUCAAACGUCAGGCCCACAUGGAUGGCAGUGAGUGUUCCACCUGAUAUGAUUCUCACUCUCCUAGAAGGCAUGACCACAAUUAUUCACUACUGCCUCUUGGACCCGUCCAUACAGUACCACCAGUUCUUGGUCACGGUGGACCAGAAGUACCUGACUGAAGCACGUAAUGGAAUACUUUUCAUCCUGUACACCAUCAUGUCGUCUGUGAGCCUACUGUGGGGGGUCCUACAGGCAGUAGACUCAACAGAGAGAACCACUGUGGCCUCUGCUGUUACCAUCAACCUGGGCUCCACGAAGAGUCUCCGGCAACAGAUCUUGGAGCUCCUCGGUCCUAUCUCUAUGAACCAUGGCGUACACUUCAUGGCUGCUAUUGCGUUUGUCUGGAAUGAGAGAAGGGAGAACUCAAAUACCAGCAGAAACAAGGUUAUUCCUGUACCCUGUUCUGAGCAGUUAUUGUUGGUGGAACUAGUGCGCUCGAUUAGUGUAAUGAGAGCUGAGACUGUUAUACAGACUGUGAAGGAAGUGUUAAAACAGCCUCCAACCUCAGCCAAGGAGAAGAAACAGCUCUCGCUGGAAGUCUGUAUGUUGCAGUUUUUCUAUGCAUAUGUUCAAAGGAUCCCAGUACAGACUUUAGUUGAUAGCUGGCCGUCACUAUUGACCUUGCUGAAGGACUCUGUUCAACUUUAUCUACCCCCUCCUGGACAAUUCCUCAUCCUCGGAGUGCUCAAUGAGUUCAUCAUGAAGAACCCCAAUCUGGAAAGCAAAAAAGACCAAAGGGAUCUCCAGGAUGUCACCCACAAGAUAGUGGAGGCCAUUGGGACCAUCGCAGGGUCCUCACUGGAGCAGACCACCUGGCUCAGGAGGAACCUGGAGGUGAAGCCUUCUCCGCAAAUCCUCGUGGAAGGAAGCAGCCUGGAAAGAAACGUGGAAGACAUCAUGUUGAUCCCAGUAAUGGAGAUAUCCAGUGUCGCACCUUCGGUCUAUAGUGUGCAUGCACUAACUUUAUUAGCUGAGGUGUUGGCUCAUCUUUUGGACAUGGUGUUCCACAGUGAUGAAAAGGAGAGAGUGCUUCCCUUACUUGUGAACAUCAUGUACUAUGUGGUACCCUACCUCCGCAACCACAGUGCCCACAACGCCCCAAGUUACCGAGCAUGCGUGCAACUGGUCAGCAGCCUGAGCGGUUAUCAGUAUACCAGGCGGGCUUGGAAAAAGGAAGCAUUUGAUCUCUUCAUGGACCCAAACUUCUUCCAGAUGGAUGCUUCCUGCGUCAGUCAUUGGAGAGGAAUCAUAGACCAUCUGAUGACCCAUGACAAAACUACGUUCAGGGACCUCAUGACUCGUGUGGCCGUGGCACAGAGCAGCUCCCUCAACUUGUUUGCCAGUCGUGAGGCGGAGCUGGAACAGCGCGCCAUGCUGCUGAAGAGACUGGCCUUUGCCAUCUUCAGCAGUGAGGUGGACCAGUACCAGAAAUAUCUGCCGGACAUACAAGAACGGCUGGUGGAGAGUCUCCGCCUUCCACAGGUCCCCACUCUCCACGCACAGGUCUUCCUCUUCUUCCGUGUCUUGUUGUUACGGAUCUCAGCACGUCAUCUCACCUCACUGUGGCCCACCAUGAUCACAGAACUGGUGCAGGUAUUUUUACUGAUUGAACAGGAACUGACUGCAGAUGAAGACAUUUCCAGAACUGCGGGUCCCUCGGUAUCAGGCUUAGAGACCACCUACAUGGGUGGGAAUGGGUUCUCUACCUCCUACAACAACCAGCGCUGGCUUGGCCUCUAUCUCUCUGCGUGCAAGUUCCUGGAUUUGGCUCUGACCUUACCUUCUGAGAACCUUCCCCAGUUUCAGAUGUAUCGUUGGGCUUUCAUUCCAGAAGUAUCUGACGAUUCAGGGCUGGAGGUUCGUAGACAGGGAACUCACCAACGAGAAUUCAAACCUUACGUGGUCAGACUGGCCAAGCUGCUGAGGAAACGAGCAAAGAAAAAUCCAGAAGAUGACAAUUUGGGAAGGACCCUGCCAUGGACGCCAGGUCACUUGCUCCUGACAGUUUAUUCCAUCCGCAGUAUCGAGCAGCUGCUCCCUUUCUUCAAUGUGCUCAGCCAGUUUUUCUCCAACAAAAUCACAAGCAGGGCCGCUGGCUGCUCGGAGAGCUCUGUCCCGUACACAAACUCAUUCAGCAGCAAGGACAAUAAAACCGAGAACCAGAAGACUUUCUGGAACAAAGCCAGACAAAAAAUUGAGGAAGUACUGGAGAAAGAUUUUCUGGAAAGUGUCAUAAAAGCAUAGUGGCGUUUCAUUGGCACGAGGGUCAUUGUUCAAAAAAUCCUCUGCCAGGUGUAUAUUUUAGUUUGUAUUUAAAUAAGGAACUAAAAUGUAACUAAAUUUUAUUUGUACAGAUUUUGAGUCCUGAAUGCUGAAUUAGGUCUUGUCAUGAUUGUCUCCUAUUGAUCAGGGAGCCUAGGAUGUAAAUUACUCUCCUAUUCCAUUUGGUUCUAAAUAAAUGCACUCCACAUGUG